UCACUGAGAAGUGUCACAUCAUGGCUGUCGGAGAAAAAGCCUCUCAUACCCUCGAGGAUAUGUUGGCAGUUUCAUAAGAAUUUCCUUAGCUUUCUUCGCUGAGGAUUGAUCCUGGAAUCAUGAACGAUGAAGAAGACUUACCCAGUGAGAUAGACACCAUCAGAGAUCUGUGUGGCUUGCAAACAAGAGACGUAACUUCGCGGCUUGAAUUCCUUGAAUUGCUAGGGAAAACACUAAAAGCGUGGACAAACAGACAUCAAGAAAAUGGGGAAAAUGGGUUUGAAAACUUUUCUUCGAGUGUUUUGCCUUGUAUUUUGAGACUGUCAUUUAGAAGUCCCUUUUCGGAUAUCAGAGAGCGUUGUACAGAGUUGCUCCUCGCCGUGAAGGAAAAAGGUAUUAAGGUUCCUCGAACGAUUCACAAGGGGCCUUCGAUGUUUAUUCCGUCAAAAAAGGUUCCUUCUAUGGAUACUGAUGAUGAGCAGGUGCUUAGCUUGCUUGUGGAAUCCUUCCUGUUAAGUGGACGUGUCACAAAUGUCACUUCUCUGAUUGCACUUCACCCUCAGUACCUGGAAUGCUUCCUUAAGACUGAGUUUUCUAUGUUUAAAGGGGAAGGUCCCCUACCUUUUAUCUGGAGAUGUUACAUUGCUAUCAUGGGUGCAAGCAGGCAUCGCUGUUGCUUCUUGGUACGAUUGUAUGAGAUAGAGUUUCUGAAACAACAAGGAGAGAAGGAAUGGCUUCAAGGUCUGAACUACAUUCCAGCCAAACUAAGAGCUCUCUGUGAGAUCAACAAGAUCUUAGCACACCAGCCAUGGCUACUGAAAGCCAGUCACAUUGAGAACCUUCUUAAAGGACAAGACAAUUGGUCACUUUCAGAACUCGUCCAGGCCAUUGUAAUCCUCGUUCAUACCCACAGUCUGUGUAGCUUUGUAUAUGGCUGUGGAAUAACACCAGAAAUAGACUUUGACAGAGGGCACACGUAUAAAACACAACCACUCCCUGAGUUUAACAAAGCAAUAAUCGAAGGAGUUAACCUUCCUGUUAAUGGUGUGGACAAUCAAUCAAGCGUGAAAUACCUGGUGGAGAAAAUGAAGGAGGCAGAAGCCAAACAGGAUACACUUCUGGAGACCACACAGGAGGAACUGUUUCAACAGUUUGAAAAAGUAGAAAGUGGAGAAGUUUCCACUUGUAAAGACAAAGUUUCAGUUGCCAAUGAAGCACCUCAGCCAGGUAUAGCAAGGUACCUAACAGAUGCCUCAUUUUGUUACUAUGAUUUUGCAAGCAGAGAAGAAAGUGAUAUAUCAACCUUCCGAGUGCAAGAUUACUCGUGGGAAGAGCAUGGCUUUUCGCUUAUCAACAGACUCUACCCUGACAUGGGUCAGAUGUUGGACGAUAAAUUUAACUGUGCAUUCAACCUGACGUAUAACACGUUGGGUAAAGUGGAAAAUGUGGACACAUCAACUUUUCGCACAGCUACUUGGAACUAUAUUCAUUUGGUUUUUGGCAUAUAUCAUGAUGAUUACCUAUACACUGAGGUUAACAAGCUGUUGGAAAGACCAUUUAAAAAGUACAUUAAAGUGGUUGCUUGCCGUCCCGAAAAAGUUACCGUUGAUGACUACAUGGGAUUUAUGCCAGACCUUGACCAUUCAGAGAAGGUUCAUAUCAACCUUUUACUGUUGGAGUCUCGCCUUCAGGCUGAACUUCUUUACGCAUUAAGAGCAAUAAUGAAGUAUAUGACGUGAUGUACCACGUGACGAUAUUUGACGCGAUGUACCACGUGAUGUAUAAAGUUAGAAUCGUAAAACUAGUAUUGAAUAGAGGAGAAUCCCUUGUUGGUUAAUCCUGAUUAUAUUUAUUAUCUAUGUUGACAGCUUUCUUAAGAGUACAAAUUGUUGUUGUCGUUUUUAAAUUUUUGGAGUGAUUUGGAAAUUUAUCUCUCUCGUUUCCCAGUAUUCUAAAUCAUUUUGGCUGUCUCGUUUAAAUGAAAAUGUCUCGAGAAUAUUUUUAUUUGAAUGAGGAAAACAAAUAUUACAAUGCUUCAAGUUUGAGAAACUUUUGCAUUUCAAUAUUGUUUUGUUUUUGUUAUCCUUAAGAAAGCAAGUAUUGUAAAAUUUCCAAGUCUGCGCUCGACAACAAGAAAUUGUGUCUUAUUCUAAGAAGGUAAUUAGAAAUAUCUUUGCUGGCUUCUUCCAUUUUAGUUGAUUGUUGAGUGGGUAACUUAGAUCUGAAAUGCUAGAGAUGCCCAGUAAUGUUUGAUAGUGGCCUUCUAGAUUUUGAGUGGAUGAAAAAAAAAAGAUCAGGAAUUGGGCUGUACUUCGUAGCUUUCGUUUCUGGGGAAAAAAACAGAGAUUUCAAACUACAACAGCAAACUGAUGACACCACAGUGUCCUUACUACAAUUCAGAAUGGAAUGGUAGUUGUGUGUAAAGUAAAAUCUAUUUUUUCAUUUAUUUAUACGAGAUGUUCAAAGCGGUUUGUGAAAGGAGACUGUCAGAAAAGUCGAAAAUUUUGGGAUGGCACAAAGAGCUAGUCACAGGCUAGUGUAGAAAUGUUUAAUUGACAAGAAGGGAGGGCUUAAGAUCACGUGACGGACAACGAUGGCGUGAGGAGUUUUAUUUGAUUGGCUGUGCUUUUCAACCCUUUCUGAUUUGUCAGAUCAUCUCAUAUGCGCUAUUGCGUGUAUGAUCAAAGUGCAACAAGAACAUUUUUAAACUGAUAUUUACUACAGAAGGGCAAUUAAGAUUAUUAGUUAACCAAUACUGUACUACAUACAGUGUGGAUGUCGGAUUAAUUUCGCUCGACUAAGAACCUUCAGUAAAUCACUUUUGCGGUGAGAAGGUAUCUAGUCUUUUACUUCUUGCCCUUCGGAACUGUCUCGUUCCUCAGUGGAUGUGCUUACGACUGAGUAUAUUUUAUCAUCUUGAUAUUAAAUGUUACUUCAGUAGAGGUCAUUACUAAAUUUUGAAGCGAACAUAAAGGUGGGGGAAAUUAAUCGCUUGUCGUAGAGUACCUUGCGAUACCUGGUAUUUGAAACAAGCGAAAUCAUUUCUCAACCACCAUUAUGACAUCAGAACCGUAAACGAAUUUUGUUUUCAAACUCUUGUAUAUUCUGAAAGAAUAAAAUCAGGUUUAUUGCUCAA